CUGCAGGCUUAUAGCUCCCUGGCUGUCAUGAUGCUGGAACUGGGGCUAGCCAAAGAUUUCGAGUACUACGAGGCCGAGAUUGAGAAGGUUCUUACGCACCAGUCGUGCGUGGUGCUCAAGUCGAAGUAUUUCUUCAAGUUGGCCAAACACCAUGUCUACAAGAACGAUCUCUCACGAGCAAAAGAAUUAUUGGAGAAAGGCACUAGAUAUGCUCAACAAAUGCGAUUUGAGUCCCUCCAGGUUGAGUUUGAAAAGCUGACCGCGUAUGAACUAUUCUAUCAAACGGCCGAGUGCAGCGACGUCCAUGUGAUCCGCGAUAAGGUGGAUCUUUUUUUCCGUCUUCUGGCAGAGCACGAAAUCGACGGUGGCAAGUUUUAUCAACAGGUGGUGUACGAGCUCAAACUUGGCCGCUUGUUGGUCAACGAGAAAGAAUUUGUUGCAUUUCUGCGCAUGUUUCUGCCUUUAAACGGCAAAGAGAAGACCAGCCGAGUGGAAACUGCGGUGACCAAAAUCAAGGAAAUGAUAUUUGAGACGGUCAACCAGGACCUUGAAAAUAUUUUCGCACGCGAUUCCGUGGUUGUCAUGAAAGAAGGCGUGAUGGACAACUUGUACGCUGCUUGUAUCCGGGAAUGUGCCAAGUUUGUGAACGAGCCUAGAUUGGUGAGCGAGGAUAUAUCCAAAGGAGCUAUUUCCGUGCUUCUUGCUAGUGGAGCCAGUUUGCGCUCUGAUUUGGACUCGCUGUUGUUGCGGAACGAGUUGAUGCGCUACGAGUCCAUUGAGUAUGACCGAAAGCUAAACCUGGCUGUUGAAAGCAUGCGACAACUCGUCCCGCUCGUAUGCCAGCCCGACUACCAAGUCUCUGCUACGCAAAUGCACAAUCUCCCCUCUGUUCUUCCAUCAAACUGGGUCACUGUGUGCUUGGAUCUUGAUAUGAGCAGCGGGUGUCUGCUUCUUACUCGAUAUGGCCCCAAGCAAGACCCAAUAUUGCUCAAGCUUCCUCUGGAAAGACAUCUCAUUGGCCGUCACGCAUCCUUUGGAUCUGCAGUCCAGGAGUUAGAGGCUAUAAUCCAAGAAAGUGACCGCACCACCAGAAUAGAGGUCACCUCUCUCGUAAAAUCCAGAGCUGACCGUGCUAAUUGGUGGGCCCAGCGCAAAUCGCUUGACAGAAGAUUGAAACAGCUCUUAUGGGAGAUAGACAGUCACUGGUUUGGCUGUUUUAAAGGAAUUUUUGGCCGUUUAGUUUUUGAGAAAGAUGUGGUGGAAGAGACACGUGUCUCUCUUGAACGUAUUUUGAGCAAAGAAGUUGGUCACUCUAUUGAACUUGGAACGUUUGAGACAGAACUAAUUCUUCAGCUCGAUCUGCAGCUGGAAUCAGCUACAUCGGACGUGGAAGACUGGUUCCAGCAUAUUCAGAUCUCCGACGAGGCAGAUUACCGGCGACUUUUUUUGGCUAUCGAGCCAGAGCUCCAGCGGGUACGUCCUAGAUCUACGGUAGACCAUACCGUCCUCGUUGUUUCUCCUGAAUGUGUGAAGCUACCAUGGGAAUCUGUGCCGUUCCUCCGGAACAGAUCUGUAUCGCGAAUGCCGUCUAUAAAGAUGCUUGUGGAUCUUCUGAUCGAGCACGAAAAGCAUCUCAAUCUUGGCAUCUCUGUUGCAACAGGAUACUUUGUGAUCAAUCCGGGUGGAGACCUCAAAAGAACAGAAACCAAUUUUACGGAAAUAUUUGCUAGCCGGUGCGGUUGGGAAGGGAUUAUUGGAAGCCGCCCCAGCGAGGAGCAGAUUUUGCAGGGUUUUCAGAAAGACUUGUAUGUUUAUGUGGGCCACGGCGGCGGAGAACAGUAUAUUCGGUCGAAAACCGUCAAGAGCAUGGCAAAGUUGCCUCCAGCUCUGCUUUUAGGGUGUUCCUCGGGGAAACUGAAGCUUCAAGGUGUUUUCAAGCCACACGGAACUGUCUACAACUACCUGAUGGGUGGAAGUCCAAUGGUGGUUGCAAACCUCUGGGAUGUGACCGACAAGGAUAUUGACAAGUUUACUCUCCACGUGCUGGAGAAAUGGGGAUUUUCGGGGCCGUCGGGCUGUGAUAUUGGUCAUAGCAUUGCACAGAGCCGGGACGUUUGUGUUCUUCCGUAUUUGAACGGCGCUGCUCCUGUGCUAUAUGGGAUUCCAUUCAAAAUACGUAAUGAGUUAUGAUGCAUGGUUAUUUCUUUCGAAAUACAGUAACGUUUUGUAGAGACAGGCAAGAAACUUGGCUGUGUCGUGGUUGGCCGGGAGCGGACUAGGGAGCGUAGCAAGGCUUUCUAAUAUUGACUGAUCGGGGAUAUUGACAUGAAACGUGAGCGGGUGGAACUUGACAAUGUUCCUUGAUGGAGCAAAAGACAGAUGGACCCCGUUGUCGUCACCAAUGCGGGUCUUGGUGCGGACGUUUUCUAUCUCUUUCUUGAGUGUAUCCAGAGUGAUUUGUUCUAUAACCUGUGCAUUUUGAGCCAAAUAGCCGGCAUUUGGAUAUCCCUUCUCUUUAUAGGUGACGAAAGGCGGCGUGAGAGCAAAGUCUGGUUUUUUGCCGAUUUUUUGAAAGGCCUCAAGAAAGGUUUUGUCGUUGGGCAGGUACAUUAUGAGCUCGUCUUUUUUGGCUGCCGGUCUGAUAUCAGGAACCAUCACCGAGUCAAACUGCGAGUCUGUGAGCUCGUUUUGCACGCAGACAAAUCUAACAAAUAAAUCUCUGGGAACAACCACACGGGAUGGGACGAUAGCUCUGCAGGGAGAGCUGGCGAUCUGCGCAAACACGUUCGAGGACAAGUCUUCGUACG